GGCAAUAAACAACGUCAACAAAAAUCAAACCGUAAAAAACCUCCGGCCAAACAAAAUCCUGACCGUUCAUCAACUUCAUUUGGACAGCGGUUAUUACGCCCACCUUAACCAAAAUCGCAACCUCCUAAAUCCAACGGUCCGAAUUCCAGCACACGCAGAGAGAGAGAGAGAGAGAGAGAGAUAGAGAAAGAAACAGACAGAGGAAAUACAGAGAGAGAUUUUCCAUCUCUUGUAUCAAAAUUUCGCAUCCAUAAAUACCAAAUUUUUUUUUUUUUUUUUUUUUUUUUGGUUCCCUGACGCAUCGUCCUCUCUCUGCUAAUAAAAAUCGAAUUUGGUUUCCUAAGCUGUGGAUUUUUGUUGUACACGACGUCGUUUUUAGCUUGCGGUUCGUCAUCGGUAAACUCGUUGUCUGUGCCCGGGAACUUUUUUUCACCGUUCGAUUUCGUAACCGUUACGUUUACGGGGGAGAAUUUUAGGGUUUUGAGCUUUGGGAUUUGGAGUGUUUGUUAUGGGUUUGGGCAGCGAUGGCGAUGCGGUGGUUGAUGACGGUGAUGGUGGUGGAGUUGGUGUUUGUGGCGGUGGCGGUGGAGGCAAGUCAUGUGGUGGUUCCGUCUCCUGUUCGAUUUGCCUCGAGGUAGUCGCUGAUAAUGGGGAUAGAUCUUGGGCUAAGCUUCAAUGUGGACAUCAAUUUCAUCUCGAUUGUAUUGGUUCAGCAUUCAACAUAAAAGGAGCGAUGCAAUGCCCUAAUUGUCGGAAGAUUGAGAAAGGCCAAUGGCUUUAUGCUAAUGGCUCUCGCUCAUUUCCUGAAUUUAGUAUGGACGAUUGGACCCAUGAUGAGGAUUUAUAUGAUCUAAGCUACUCUGAAAUGUCAUUUGGUGUUCACUGGUGCCCAUUUGGUAGCUUAACACGACUCCCUUCUUCUUUUGAGGAAGGGGAGUUUUCAUCAACUGCAUAUCAUGAUCUACUUGGACAACAUGCUAUUUUUGCCGAGCAUACUGCAGUAUCCUCUGCUACACAUCCCUGUCCAUAUAUUGCCUACUUUGGACCAAUUCACCCCUCGUCCUCUAACUCUGGCGGAAGUGUUUCAGAAGCUUCCAGCUUUAACAAUCACUGGAGUGGCACAUCGGUACCUAAUGAAUUACCAACUUCGUUUGCUUUUCCUGCCAUGGAUCUUCAUUAUCAUAGUUGGGAGCACCAUUCACCUCCGUUCUCUACAAAUAAUGGUCGUAUUGGUGGUGCUGAUCAGCCUUCAAUGCCUCCUGUUACUCAGAGACCAGCUAGGGCUAGUUCUGAUAUACCAAGAUCUGGAUCUUUUAUGCCUCCUUUCCUUGUUGGCCACGGUUCUAGUGCUAGAGCUGGGAGCUCAGUUACCUCCUCAAUGAUCCCUCCUUAUCCAGGCAGCAAUGCCCGGGCUAGAGAUCGAGUCCAAGCUCUCCAGGCAUAUUAUCAACAACAACAACCUAGCAAUUCGCCGACCAUGCGAACACCUAUAGUUUCUGGCAGCCGAAGAUCCGGCAGUCAUAGAGGCUUGGCUCAAGUAGGGCCAGUAGCAUCAUCUUCAGAUCAAACUGGUGGUUACUACUUUUUCCCAUCAGGUUCUUCAGGUCGUAACUUCCAAGAACCCGAUAAUCCUUUGUCUAGUCGAUUUCAUGCUUGGGAAAGAGAUCAUUUGCCUGCAUUCUCAUCAAACCAGGUUGACAGAGAUCCAGGUUGGGGUGCAUUUCACCAGGCCGCAGGGGGUACAGAUACCACAAUGAGGUCCAGCAGCUUCCGACAAAGGCAUGGAUCGGAGAGGACAUCUUCACAAAAUCGGUCAUAGGCUUUCUUCCUUAUCCUUUUUGGGUGAAGCAAAGUACCACUACUAUGACUCAACCAAAAUUAUGUAUGCUUGAGAAACGAUAUAUAAUGCAUGGUGUCUGUGAAAAGCUUGACAGACUCCAUAAACUUUGAAGUGGCCCCCUGAAAACGUUCUUUUCUGGUUGCCACCAGUGGUGUGAUGGACUUAAGCUUCCUCUAGUUUCUUUGCCAUGGAGGAUAUAAAAUAAGAAGCACGUAUUGAUGGCAAAAAGUGGGCCAUUUUAUCUAUCAAAGCGACCCACUGUCCUAGUUGGGACAAAAAUCAACUGCUCUUCCGGACAAUCAAACUAGUCGGUCAAUUUAUUUAUGUCUAAAAAGUAUGUUGAUGCAGUGCUUUGCGCUUUGCUUCUCUUGUGAACAAUCGUUUUGAGUAUACAAGAAAUGAAGACUAAACAAACCUGGCUGUCCUUUGAGAAUA